UGUGUGUGUGUGUGUCCUCUGCCUGCAGCCCCACAGCAGCAGGUCAUCAUGCAGGAUCCCAAGGUCCUCCAGCACAUGACCGUCACAGGGAUGAGUGCGGCAGCCACUGCAGCCACGCUUGCCCUGCCCACGGGAGUCGGACCUUACCAGCAGCUGAUAACAACCAAUCAAGGUCAGAUCCUGCAGGUAAUGAGGGCCCCCAACGGUGCCCAGUACAUCCUCCAGCCGCAGCAGCAGGUGGUGCUGCAGCAGAUGCAGCCUGGAGGGGUGCAGGCGCCGGUCAUACAGCAGGUGCUGACCCCUCUGCAAGGCGGGAUCCCCCAGCAGACUGGUGUCAUCAUCCAGCCUCAACAGAUUGUCCUGGCUGGCAACAAAGUCGCACAGAACACGCAGGUCAUGCAAGCGACUGCGAUGACUGCGCAGGCGAGCCAGGGAGCCGUGCAGAUUCAGCCGCAGCAGCAGGCAGCGCCGCCGCAGGCUCAGACGCAGCAGCCCCAGCAGCAGCAAGCCCCCGCACAGCAGCCCCCUCCCAUGAUGCUCCAGGUGGACGGUGCUGGGGAUACAUCCUCGGAGGAGGAUGAGGAAGAGGAAGACGAGUACGACGAAGAUGAAGAUGAGGACAAGGACAAGGAUGGUGGAGAGGAUGGACAGGUGGAAGAGGUCAGGCAUUUUGCUGCGCUGCUUCCUUCAGGCAGGAGGUCAGGCGUUGGGCAGGAGCGUGGCAAGCCCAGUGCUCCUUUCUAACAGCUCCUUACCUGGCUGUCUGUCUUUGUGACUCAGAUGUGUAGCUGAGUAGGUUGGUAAUCUGUGCCUGUGUCCAUAAGGUUGUUGGUUUAAAUCCCAUGGCCAACAGUAAUCGUAUCACUGUUGGGCUUGUAAUCCCAAAUACUCCUGGGACCCUGGCUCACCCAUUCUGACCCCAAGCUUUCCUCUUUAGUGUCACUUUGAACAAAUGCCUGCUUAAUUAACGUACAUUUAAACGAUUAGCCGUCAUCCAGAAGGCACAAGUCUCUGAAAACAUCAGAAAGAGAUGUGCGUUAAUCAAAGGCCCAGGUAAUAAUUCAGACUGGUCAUUAGUCUAAAGCAUGCAAGUAACCUUGCGCUUUGAAAUGUCUGUCUGACUUGAACUAAUGUCAUAGUGACAUUAGUUUCAUUCCCUAAUGGCUUCACAAAUUGUGCAAAUAUCCUGUAGCUGGGGGUCGAACUUGUUGCCCCCAAGCCAGUUUGAUUUACGAUUGAGGGAAUGAAUUGACCCAUUAGG